UUCAAUUGAACCCUGAGCUUCGAUACCUUAACAUGGACUUAUUCACGAGAGGAUACUUACUCGGUGGGGUUGUGGUGUGUAUGUUCUGGUGGAUAGUUGCUCACUCUCGUCACAAACAACGCUAUAUCCGAAAUGUGCCAAUUGUGGGCGGCAAGGCCAAUGUCCAAAGAAAUCGGCAAGAAUUUGCAAAAAAUAGUUUGCAAACUCUAAGGGCAGGCUACGAAGAGAACAAUGGCGAGCUAUUCUAUGUGCCAACGCUUAUAGGAGAACGGUUGAUUAUCCCUGGACGAUACUUGGAAGAGUUGAAAUCGGCAGAUAUGACGGUUGUCGACUUCCAAGCCACUUUUCUUGAGAUGUUUCAGGGCGCCUACACUACACUCGGAACACAUUCUCGAUUACUGCCCCAGGUAGUCCGUGCUCAAUUAAAUCAAUACCUUCCGGACGUCCUUCCAGAAAUCCAAGGUGAGAUCAGGGAUUGCAUCGCAGAACUAUUUCCUCCUUGCGAAGACUGGACAGAGGUCAAUGUCACAGAAUUGAUGGCCGUGGUUGUUGCCCGCGUAUCAAGUCGCAUGUUCGGCGGCCCAAAGCUGAGUCGAAACCGGGAUUGGAUCGAGGCAUCUCUCCGUUUCGCCCAUGAUGGAUUCAACGCGGCCCAAAAGCUGAAGAUGUGGCCACACACCUUUAGAUUUAUCGGACAGCAUUUUAUAUCCGAGGUCCGCUCAAUUAAAAAUACCUACAAAAUUGCCGAAAGAGCCAUCAUUCCACUUCUCGACGAGCGUGAAGUCGAGAAGAACAAAAAAACGCAUGACCUUCUUACUUGGAUGUAUGAUCAAGCACAAGGGGCCGAGAAAGACAAAAAGUUUAUUGCUGGAACGUUGCUCAAGGUCAGCUUCGCGGCAUAUCAUACCAGUGCAGCAGCUCCAACCCAACUUCUUUUUGAUAUUGCAGCGAUGCCAGAGCUCAUCGCGCCGCUUCUAGACGAAUAUAAGUCGGCGCUCCGUGACAACAACCAUAACAUCUCGAUCAAAGGUUUCGCGCAGAUGGUUAAAAUGGACAGUAUAAUGAAGGAGAGCCAGAGAUUCAAUCCGCUACUGUUAUUAACGUUUGAACGCAUCAUUAAGCGCGACUUUACUCUCUCAGAUGGAGUGGUCAUCCCGGCGAACACCUGGAUUGGCUGUGCUGCACAAGCCAUUGGGAUGGACGCAAAGCUUUAUCCCAACCCCCAUAAGUUCGAUGCGUUCAGGUUUGUUUCCCAAGAGCAAAAGAAAGCCACUUCCACUUCGGGGCAAGCUGCCAAAGCUCACUACACCUCGGCCAACCCAAGUUCAAUGGCAUUUGGAUAUGGCCAACAUGCUUGCCCUGGUAGAUUCUUCGCCAUGAUGGAAAUUAAGGCUAUCAUCGGGGAAGUCUUGAGCCGUUUUGAGAUGAGACUUCCGGAGGGGGGGUUGAGGCCACCUAGUGUCACUUUCGAAACUCAGCAUCUGCCCAAUCCUACUGGUAAAGUGCUAUUUAGAAUGAGAAGGUGUACAUAGUCGUACAUAGUCCAGCUUUCUAGAGAAAGCUUAUAUCCACUUAUAAGCAUCGAA